GAUGAUGAUGAUUUAUAGAGGAUAUUAAUCUCUACAAAAAGUCUGCGAUACCAUAUGUUUAACUAUUACAGUUAUGUCACAAUAACUACUUUUUCAUGUUAAAAUGUGAAAUAGUAACGCCGGUACAAAUACUACUAAUACGAGUACGUACUGAUACGAAUAAUGUAGCCUAGACAUUAUUCGUAUCAGUACCUGUAUCAUGCAUCUACAUCUACAUCUACAUCUACACUACUAUUAUAAAGAGGAAAGAUAUGUUUGUUUGUUUGUUUGUUUGAAUUGAAUAGGCUCCGAAACUACUGGACCGAUUUGAAAAAUUCUUUCACCAUUAGAAUCCUAAAUUAUCCCUGAUGAACAUAGGCUAUGUAAUAUUUUCAAAAAAGUUAGGGAUCCGUAUGUAAACUUCGUUAAUGUAACCCAAGGUGUGAAAAAAAUACCAAAAAGAAUAUAAUUAAUAGAAUCAGGCGUUACUUUGCGGAAAUCCAUUAUAUAAAAGCUUUUACAAAAAUUUACUUCGCAAAUAUCCGCGUUAUAAAAUAAAAUGAUGUGUCUUACCUAGUAUGAAGAAGCACCCCCGCCCUCCCUCAAUUGCGUGCACUAUCCCCGUCACCACUAAUCCCAGCACCACUACUUCCAACACCACUACACUAGGCAAGACACACCACUGACGAUAAUACGACACGUGUUUCGCCUCUACACGAGGCAUCCUCAGGUGAUAUAGACUCUACGGUGGCUAACCGCUAAGUGAAAAAGAAUACUUAUAUCGCGUACGCUUCGGAAACUAUUGAUAAUAGAGCAAAGUAAUGUACUUCACUUUUAUAGAGGAUAUUAAUCUCUACAAAAAGUCUGCGAUACCAUAUGUUUAACUAUUACAGUUAUGUCACAAUAACUACUUUUUCAUGUUAAAAUGUGAAAUAGUAACGCCGGUAGAAAUACUACUAAUACGAGUACGUACUGAUACAAAUAAUGUGGCCUAGACAUUAUUCGUAUCAGUACCUGUAUCAUGCAUCUACAUCUACAUCUACAUCUACACUACUAUUAUAAAGAGGAAAGAUUUGUUUGUUUGUUUGUUUGUUUGAAUUGAAUAGGCUCCGAAGCUACUGGACCGAUUUGAAAAAUUCUUUCACCAUUAGAAUCCUAAAUUAUCCCUGAUGAACAUAGGCUAUGUAAUAUUUUCAAAAAAGUUAGGGAUCCGUAUGAAAACUUCGUUAAUGUAACCCAAGGUGUGAAAAAAAAUACCAAAAAGAAUCCUUAUAUCGCCUACGCUUCGGAAACUAUUGAUAAUAGAGUAAAGUAAUGUACUUCACUUUUAUAGGAGAUAUUAAUCUCUACAAAAAAAUCUGCAAAACCAUGUGUUUAACUAUUACAGUUAUGUCACAAUAUCUACUUUUUCAUGUUAAAAUGUGAAAUAGUAACGCCGGUACAAAUACUACUAAUACGAGUACGUACUGAUACAAAUAAUGUGGCCUAGACAUUAUUCGUAUCAGUACCUGUAUCAUGCAUCUACAUCUACAUCUACAUCUACACUACUAUUAUAAAGAGGAAAGAUUUGUUUGUUUGUUUGAAUUGAAUAGGCUCCGAAAGUACUGGACCGAUUUGAAAAAUUCUUUCACCAUUAGAAUCCUACAUUAUCCCUAAUGAACAUAGGUGAUAUAAUAUUUUCAAAAAAGUUAGGGAUCCGUAUGAAAACUUCGUUAAUGUAACCCAAGGUGUGAAAAAAAUUACCAAAAAGAAUCCUUAUAUCGUGUACGCUUCGGAAACUAUUGAUAAUAGAGCAAAGUAAUGUAUUUCACUUUUAUAGAGGAUAUUAAUCUCUACAAAAAAUUCUGCGAUACCAUAUGUUUAACUAUUACAGUUAUGUCACAAUAACUAUUUUUUCAUGUUAAAAUGUGAAAUAGUAACGCCGGUACAAAUACUACUAAUACGAGUACGUACUGAUACGAAUAAUGUGGCCUAGACAUUAUUCGUAUCAGUACCUGUAUCAUGCAUAACCACCAAUUACGUUAACCAUGUAAUUUUAUUAACAUAUUUCACUUUUUAAAUCUUUGUUAAUUCAGCAACCGUCCGUCGUGAUGUCUCUCUCGAAGUUCGCAUGUCGCAAGGCGCAGAUGCUUGAUAUACGCGGGUGAAACCGCGGGGCACAGCUAGUAUAUGUAUAUUUUAAACAGUGGUAGAGCCACGCGGCAGCUUUUCCUGUCGCACGGAUGGGCCGGCUUGAACCGGGGUGGUACUACGACCUCACAGAAAACCAGCGUGAAGUAGAGGUUUACCUCUGCGUUUCGCUUGGUGAGUGCAGGUGGCCGGAGGCCCUUUUUACUGGAAAUGAGGCAUUCCAUCUUAGUCCUCACGGGUGACAACGCAUCUACAUUUUGAUUUGUAAUAGAGGAUAGAUGUAGAUGUCUAUGGGCCGCAUCUCAUGUCUCAUUAUAUAAUAGCCACGCUCGGCAGGUCAGGUGAAUAGGCAAUUGCAGUAGCAGAUGUACUUUCUCGUCAUCAUCAUUUCAUCUUUAUUAUAGAUAUUCCCCAUAUAUCCCGCUCCUCUAUAACAAAGUGUUUAGUUAAUACACAAUCAUCAUCCAUCCAUUGUUGAAUAUAUGCCUACACUAUAGAACACCUGCAUCCAUGAACGCUCUGCGUGUUUCAUCAGGUCGUCACUCCAGCUAGUGAAGAGGUCGCAUACUAUAGGGAUACUUAGGUGACUACUUACUUUUAAAAACAUACGACUAGAUACUUUGUCACCCUACUACUAACUCAUCACAUUGUUUUAUUCAAAAAUAUUUGAUAAAUCGUGUAUGAUUUUCCUUAAAUUUUAUUUUAGAGUUUGUUGUUAAAUAUGGUCAUUUCGUAAUUUUUAAACAGCCUAACUAAACGCUGACAAUUAUAACAGUUACGAGUUACAUCGAUAAUGAAAACCAGUAAUGAUUAUCAACUGCCAGGUCAUUAAAUAAAGAUAUCAUCAAAGUAUCUACGUAUAUAAUGUCAUUAUAUACAAUAUUCUUUUAGUCGUAAAUUAUAUUUUCGAGUUGUUAAUAAUAGUAAAGACAGAAGCUUAGCACCAGCUUUUAAUUGUAAAAAGUAUAAUCAAUUUCGAGUAGUAGCAAUGUGUGAAUUUUCGAAAACCUUUAGAAAGAAUUGUAUUGCAAUAACUUUACUUUUUGUAUUGAUAUUUUGUGCUCCAAAUGUAGGAGCUGCAAAAAUAUUGGCUGUGUUUCCAGUACCAUCGAUAAGUCACCAAGUAGUGUUUCGGCCGCUCACACAGGAAUUAGUUCUUCGAGGUCAUGAGUUAACUGUAAUAACUCCAAAUCCCGCUUUUGCCAAAGGACAGGCCCCACAAAAUCUAAUCGAAAUCGACGUCCAAAAUAUAUCCUACGCAGUUAAGAAUGCGGUUAUAAAGGAAGUGAGUGAAAAUAGUAACAAUCUAUUGAAACAAUUGAUGUUACUCUCACAAUUAUUUUUAAAAGUGUUUGAGGCGCAAUUACAAAACAAAGAAUUCCAAAGGAUAUUGCAUUUGGACGAGAAUUAUUUUGAUUUACUUCUCAUAGAAGCAUGUGCAACUGGCACUCUAGGAUUAUCACAUGUAUUUAAGGCUCCGGUCAUUCAAGUUAGUUCCUUAGGUGCACUAAUGUCAAAUUAUCAAGCACUGGGUAUUCCUAUGCAUCCAUUUCUUUAUCCUGCGUCUAUGCGAACUAGAGUAUAUAAUCUUACCAUAGCAGAAAAAAUGAGUGAAAUUUUGGGCAUAGCUUUUUCAAUGUAUAUGGCGGAUUCCACAGAAAACGCAUAUAAUCAGUUGUUGCGUAAAAACUUCGGUGAUGAUGUGCCAAAUAUAUCAAUCUUAACAAACAAUAUAGAUAUGUUGUUACUAAAUACCAAUCCCACAUGGAGUGGUAGUUAUCCGGUACCACCGAACGUUAUUUUCAUAGGAGGAAUACAUCAAAAUAAGCUCAAGGAACUACCAAAGGACUUAAAAUCAUAUCUUGAUUCAUCUAAAACUGGAGUGAUUUACGUUAGUUUCGGUUCCAACGUGAAAAUGGAUAUGUUCUCUCCAAAAAUUAUCGAAACUUUUGUAACAGUUUUUUCUGAACUUCCUUAUGAUAUUUUAUGGAAAUGGGAUCAAGACGAACCUCCUGGUCUACCGGAAAAUGUUAAAAUUUCUAAAUGGUUUCCUCAAGCUGACUUACUGCAUCAUCCAAAAAUGAAGCUGUUUAUCACACAAGGUGGACUACAAUCAACCGAUGAAGCAAUUACAGCUGGUGUGCCGUUAAUUGGUUUUCCAAUAUUGGUAGAUCAGGCGUACAACGCUGAGAAAUACGUUCAUUUUAAUAUUGGCAUGAAACUUGACAUAAACAAACUAACCAAAGAACAACUUAGAAACUCGAUAGUUACUGUUAUUAGUAAUGAAAAUUACCGGAGGAAUAUUGUAAAACUACGUGCGCUUAUUAAUGAUCAGCCACAACCACCUUUAGAACGAGCGGUUUGGUGGACUGAAUACGUAUUACGUAAUGGCGGUGCUCGCCAUUUGCGCUCUCCAGCUGCAAACAUAUCGUGGUUCGAAUACUUGGAAAUCAAAUUUCUGAUUAUUUUACUAUCUGUAAUCUUAACAAUACUAAUAAUAUUGAUAACAUUUGUUAAACUUAUACUUAGAUUCUUCCGUAUGCUUUUUACAAGGAAAAAAUUAAAAAUAAAUUAAAGAAUUGAACAUUUGUAAUUUUUUAUAUGUAAUAUUAUAUUUAUUCUUAAUUUAACGAAAUCGUUUUCAACAUUUUAAAGCUAUUUUUGAUUUUGUAUUCCACAAUCAAAAUAGAGUAUUGUAAAGUUACAUUCUAUAUUUACUGCUGGACACACUGCAAAAUUGUAGUUAACAAUUUCAUUGUUACCAACGGAAACAAAACUCUGUUUGUUCUAGUACUAC